CGUGGAGGGUGGAAAAUGUCGUCGUUCGUGGCCGAGGUUUUGGAGUCGGCGGGAAAGCUGGAGUAGGAUGAUAUCGGUACCAAGAUCGGCCGCCUGGCUCGGCGUGUGGAGGAAGUCAAGGCUGAAGUUUGCAACACAAUAAACAAGAAGUAUGAGGAGUUCAUCCCAAGUUUAACAAAUGGAGAGGAUUUGGUAAAUCAGGUGGUUGAAAUCUCGAUGGAGAUUGAUGUCCUUAAGUCACAAAUUGAAAAUGAGGUGCAGAGAGACCUCCGUGUUGCUGUUACUGAGUUCAGUGAACUGAAACAACAGUUGGAAAAAAGUACAGUUUUAUUGAGUGUGUUAACACAAUUACAUGAGUUUGAUACAGCCCUAGAAACACAUCAGCAAGCUUUGUUGGAAAAAGAUUAUACCAAAUCUGCAGAGCAUCUCAAUAAGGCACAGCACAAUCUUACCCUACUAAAAUCAAGGAAGGGUGUUGAGCUGAAGAUGUUGCAAGUACUUGGCACAGAGCUCAUUCUGCAGAAGGAGAAAUUAUUGUAUCAUUUAGGGGAAGAGUGGAAACAGCUGGCAGUAUGGAACCUUCCCCCUUCACCAGCACCAACAAAAGGUCAGAUCUUGUUGAAAUAUAUUUUGAAACCACUGGUUGUCGAGCCGUCCCUUGAUGUUGAGAUUGAACUUCGGGCUAAUGAUGCCGUUUUAAGGUUCAGCGCAGUUAAAAGCAAAUGUGAACAUGAGUUACCAGCAAAGGUUUACCUGAAGAUCACAACCGUCUUGGAGUUCCUGUACCAACAUUUGCUUCUAGAUAUUCCGCUCUGGGUCUCUGUGGACCGUAAAGAAAAGCAGGAUAUAAACCUAGCAGAGUUGCUGGGAGGCAUGAUCUGGGAGGAAUUAUCAGAAAUCAUUAUUAAGAACUGUUUGGUAUUUUCUAUACCAGCAAACAGCAGCCAGUUAGAGCUGUAUGAAGAGGUGAUAAAAGCCACAGAUAAAUUUGAGGAAAAACUCAAAGAGAUGCAGUUUUUGCAGAGCCAUUCCACGGACCUAUUGAAAUAUGCAAGAAAUGUUAAUGUUCAUUUUGCCAGUAAGAAGUGUCAAGAUGUGAUUGUGACUGCCAGAAACCUGAUGACAUCUGAAAUCCACAACACUGUUCAGAUUUCAGCUGAUUCCAGGAUCUCCAUUCCAAAGCUUCCCAGUCUAGUAAAAGUGCCCAUGAUUUCCAACAUUGUUCCGAGCGACAUGGUGACCCUGCGGAGCGGGAAACAACUCAGCAGUCGAACAAUGUGUUUGCCUACCUGCCGCAUCAGUCAAUCUGUUCAGACACUGAUGGAACUGGCUUAUCAGACACUUUCAGAGGCUACAAGUGCUACACCUGAAUGCGCUGUGCAGUUGUUCUACACUGUUAGAAACAUGUUCCACUUGUUCUACGAUGUUGUUCCGACAUAUCACAAGGAGACUCUGCAGAAGUUGCCCCAGCUAGCUGCUAUACACCACAACAAUUGCAUGUACAUUGCUCACCAUUUGAUCACGCUUGGACACCAAUUCCAGUAUCGGCUUCCAAGUCCUUCGUGCAAUGGAGCUGCUACCUUCGUAGACUUUGUGCCAAGUUUUAGGCGACUAGCGGGCUUUGAUACAGUCAUUGGUGCAAAAGCUAUCCAAGAACGUAAAGGAUACAAGUCUGACAGCUCUGAUCCAAAAUAUGCUGGAGAGCAGACGCUUCUUUGUGGACCUCAGGGCCAAGUAACUUCAACUGGCCCCUUGAGCGCGCUGUUGGAAGUUAAGGAUUUGCGGGAAGCGACUGCCAUGAGUGAGGUGAUCCAUCAGUUGAAACGGCUGGGCAAAGUUUGGCAAGAUGUACUUCCAGUUCACAUAUAUUGCAAAGCUUUGGGUACUUUGCUUAAUACAGCAAUUACAGAUAUUGUGAACAAAAUCACAAUGCUGGAGGACAUCACCUCAGAAAGUGCUGAUUGCCUUUAUGCAUUAUGUAGAACUAUACUUGAAGAAGGGCCUGGAAUUUUUCAACCAUUACUUGAAGAAAGCAAGAACAAAACAUUUCAGGAAGAGAUACCAAUUUAUGUGCCAAAGUGGCUGAAAUUCCAAGAGCUAAUGAUGGUUCUUCAGGCUAAUCUGCAGGAGCUGGUAGACAGGUGGACUGAUGGGAAAGGACCAUUUGCAGCAGAAUUUUCUCCAAUUGAGGCAAAGAAUUUGAUCCGAGCUUUGUUUCAGAACACAGAGCGAAGAGCAGCAGCGCUGGCUGAAAUUAAAUGAUUAAUGUCUCAUGCAUUCAAGAAAUAUAUAUUUAACUUGUAGGCACUACCUUUUUGAUCUACUGAUGUUGAUUACAUUUGUAGAAUAUUGCAGCAAUAUGUUCAGAAAACCUUAAAAAAUAAAUACUUUUCAAAUCA